GCAAGAUACAUGUCUAAAAAAACAACAAAAAAACCUCUCAUGUCCCUUUACAAUUCUCAUUCGAUUCAAAAUUUAAAAAAAUCCGUAAACAUUUUUUUAACAUUUAAAAAAAGUACGCUUUUAGGUCAUCUCAAUGCAACCAGAAGGAUCGUGUAACCCAAACCUGCGCAAAUUAAGGCCCGGAGGCCACAUGCGGCCCGUUAAGCUUUUCAAUCUGGCCCGCCAAUUUUUUUUAUUUUUUUUAGAUUUUUAAGAUGGAAACUGGAGCUGCCAUUAUGAUGUGCAGUGGUGUUUUCAAAGGACUGUAAGUCUUGAACUUUACAAAGUACUUCAAUGGUUGGAAUCUGCGCUUUUGCAUGAUAUACUAGUUACUAUGGUCAUCUAAUUAGUUACUAUGGUCAUCUAAUUAGUUACUAUGGUAAUCUAAGUCACAGCAGCUCAGACGAGGCACCAAGCAGUGUGGGUGGGGAGCGUUUCCACAGAGUGUUUCCAGAGUGGCCAGCCUGAAAUGCGGGUGUCAGGGACAGAUGCGGAAGGAGAUUUUUACAACAAAGUUCUAAAACUUAGUGAUAUAUCAGAUGUAUCAGAUUGUAGGUGGGGGUUUUUUACCCUUAGUGUUUAUAUUUCACUGUUUGUUGCAUUUCGCUUCAUUAUAAAAUAUGUCGAUGUAGAGGGGGUGUGACGUUCAUAUGUUGUCAAUAUUCAGUGUUGUAUCGUUCAUAGUUAAUAUUGUAAAACCCACAUUCAUUAUUUUCAUGUACAUUCUGGUUGUCUCAUUCAGUAAACAUUUUUUUAAAUUCCAUUCCGUUUUUUAAGGCGGUCUGUCAUAAAGUUUUUAGCUUUCAGACAUUAUUGUGAGGUUUUGUAUUAGUGUUCCUACAAAAUAGAUUUACCGGCCUCAGACACAUUUCUUUCUUUAAAUUGGGCCCCCGAGUCAAAAUAAUUGCCCAGGCCUGGUGUAACCUGUAACCUGUUUUAAAAGAAAAUUAAAAAAAAAUGGAAAUACACCAAAUAGUACAUUGAGUAUCUCUUUUAAAUCGUGUUGGAUUGAGAAUCGAUUCUGAAUCGAAUCGUUAGGUGCCCUAAGAUUCACACCUACUAGUUUUGUCUACUUUUACCAGCCGCUAUGGUACAUUAUAUAAAGUAAACUAUAUAUUUUGACACUGUUGAGUUCCCCAGGAGAUGGUCAGAAUAAUUCCGCUUGCUUACAGGAAGUUGCUCUUUAUGUAGUUGGGGUUUGUGUUUGCACGUUUUUGUAGUUAGGGUCUAAUUGGAUUUAAGAACACUUUAAUAUAUUCAAUUAUUACAGGGUGCAGAGGCUGCAAUUACAUUUUACUAUUAAAAAGAGGGCCUAAAAUAUGGCCCAGCAGGUCUCAAAAUCAACUGUAGGCCGCAGGUUUGAGACCCCUGCUCUACGCUUUUUGUCCAAAACCAGUGAAGUUGGCACAAUGUAAUUCGUAAAUAAAAACAGAAUACAAUGAUUUGCAAAUCCUUUUCAACUUAUAUUCAAUUGAAUAGACUGCAAAGACAAGAUAUUUAAUGUUCGAACUAAGAAACGUAAUUUUUUUUUUGCAAAUAAUCAUUAACUUAGAAUUUAAUGGCAGCAACACAUUGCAAAAAAGUUUGCACAGGGGCAUUUUUACCACUGUUUUACAUGGCCUUUCCUUUUAACAAUACUUAGUAAACGUUUGGAAACUGAGGAGACCAAUUUUUGAAUCUUUUCAGGUGGAAUUAUUUCCCAUUCUUGCUUGAUGUACAGCUUAAGUUGUUCAACAGUCCAGGGUCUCCGUUGUGGUAUUUUAGGCUUCAUAUUGCGCCACACAUUUUCAAUGGGAGACAGGUCUGGACUACAGGCAGGCCAGUGUAGUACCCGCACUCUUUUACUAUGAAGCCACGCUGUUGUAACACGUGGCUUGGCAUUGUCUUUCUGAAAUAAGCAGGGGCGUUCUUGAAAAAGACGUUGCUUGGAUGGCAACAUGUGUUGCUCCAAAACCUGUAUGUACCUUUCAGCAUUAAUGGUGCCUUCACAGAUGUGUAAGUUACCCAUGCCUUGGGCACUAAUCACACCAUCAUAGAUGCUGGCUUUUGAACUAUGCGCCUAUAACAAUCCAGAUGGUUCUUUUCCUCUUUUUUUUACGUAGGACACGACGUCCACAGUUUCCAAAAACAAUUUGAAAUGUGGUCUCGUCGGGCCACAGAACACUUUUCCACUUUGCGUCAGUCCAUCUUAGAUGAGCUCGGGCCCAGCGAAGCCGGCGGCGUUUCUGGGUGUUGUUGAUAAAUGGCUUUCACUUUGCAUAGUAGAGUUUUAACUUACACUUACAGAUGCAGCGACCAACUGUAGUUACUGACAGUGGAUUUCUGAAGUGUUCCUGAGCCCAUGUGGUGAUAUCCUUUACACACUGAUGUUUGUUUUUGAUGCAGUACCGCCUGAGGGAUCGAAGGUCACGGGCAUUCAAUGUUGAUUCUCAACCUUGCUGCUUACGUGCAGUGAUUUCUCCAGAUUCUAUGAAACUUUUGAUGAUAUUAUGGACCGUAGAAGGUGAUUUCCCUAAAUUCCGUGCAAUAGCUGGUUGAGAAAUGUUGUUCUUAAACUGUUGGACAAUUUGCUCACGCAUUUGUUCACGAAGUGGUGACCCUCACCCCAUCCUUGUUUGUGAAUGACUGAGCAUUUCAUGGAAGCUGCUUUUACACCCAAUCAUGGCACCCACCUGUUCCCAAUUAGCCUGUUCACCUGUGGGAUGUUCAAAAUAAGUGUUGGAUGAGCAUGCCUCAACUUUCUCAGUCUUUUUUGCUACUUGUGCCAGCUUUUCUGAAACAUGAUGCAGGCAUCAAGUUCCGAAUGAGCUAAUAUUUGCAACAAAAAAAAACUUUUUCUAGUUCGAAUGUUAAAUAUCUUGUUUUUGCAGUCUAUUCAAUUGAAUAUAAGUUGAAAAGGAUUUGCAAAUCAUUGUAUUCUGUUUUUAUUUAUGAUUUACACAACGUGCCAACUUCACUGGUUUUGGGUUUUGUACUUUUGUGCUAUUGUAAAUUAAUAUAAAGUAUAAGAAAAGCAUCAUUUUACAAGUCAAAAAUGGCAACACAAUGAAAAGAAAAGGUGUGAUUUUAUGGAAAAAAAGGAAUAUGAUGAAGGAAAAAAAGAAAGUUAUUAUAAUAAUAGAAGAUGGGAAAGAAUGAAAAAUGACAUUUUAGUCAUCUAACGAAAAGAGAAGUUGAAAAUGUCGUUUGGACUGAAACAUAAAUAUUGAUGUUCUUUUUCUGAGGUGGAAGGAAAAAAAAGAGUCAAGUGUAAAAGUGAUCAAAUAGUCUCAUAAAAAGAGGACUGGGAGAGUGGAGCCCUUCCCAUUCCCUUUAAAGGAGCGUGUCUUCAACCAAACAUGGACGUGUGCUCUUUCCCAGGAUUGCCAAGAAUGUCCCAGCCUCUCGCCGGCGAGACGCGAGACGCUUCUUGCACUCCGUCACGGGCCAGAAUGUGAGUCCCUCGCUCCUCUUUCUCUGGAACUUUUUAUCGGAUUACUUCCAAGUCAACCUCCCGUGCGAGUGUCCCGUCAUGUCCCGGCGCAAGGUGCGAGGCCUGACCAGGAUGGGCCGCCAGGUCAGCGAGGACCCGGACCUGGACAGCCUGCUGUCCACUUUGUCCCCGGAGGAGAUGGAGGAGCUGGAGAAGGACAUGAUGAAGGUGCCUGACCUCAACCUGGAGCGACCUCAAGAGGAGACCUUGGCGCUGGAGCCAAAGAAGGAAUGUCGGAAGCAGGAACACCUGAGGAAGAUGGGCCUGAGCCAGGAGGGCAACCAAGAUGGGAAAGUCCGAAGACCAGCAGACACGGACGCCAGAGACACAAAUGCUGUAGGUCCGGAAGUCUUGAAACAGGAGCGAGGUCGUCUCUCGGAAAGAUUCAUGAAGCAGGAGAGCGCAGAGAGUGACCUGAAGGACAAAUGUGAGGACAGCAGGACGAGGGACAGGAGGGAAAACCGCGAGAGCAUCGGCAGCAAAACGAGGGACGUGGUCUCCAAGUUACAGGAGAAGAAGGAGGACAGCAGCAGGGAGAAGGACUGCAGGAAGAGGGACGACAGCAAAACCAAGGACAUUAUCUCCAGGCUUCGAGAGAAGAGUGAGAAGGAAGUCGGGAAGGACAGAGAGCGGCGGUCUGAGAGCUUUAGGACGCAGGGUUUAGUUUCUAGGAUGUUGGAGAAGCAGAGCAAAGCCCAGGAGAACCAAGAGAAGAAAGCCGAAGAGAAGAUGAUUACUCGUAAGUUGGAGCGACAAGCGUCCCAGAAGGAGGCGAAAGCUGGAACAGAUGCAGAAGAACUGCUCAACCACAGCGAGCAUGUGACAGAGAAGAAGACGGAAAAUGUUCAAGUCAAUACCGGGGAGAAACUCGCCAACUGUGUCGCCCAAAAUGCCAAAACCAACGAGCAGGAGGACGAGGACGAAGACUCGAGCAUGUUCGACGAGUUGAUGCAGCAGCUCCGACACGACGACCCGUCUCUCGUGGAGCUCAACGUCAACAACUCCGAGGUCAUCAAGACCAAGACGCUCAUGGAGUUUGCCGACGCCCUGCGCAGCAACACCCACGUCAAGAAGGUGGCGCUGGCCAACUGCCGCGCCGAUGACCACGUGGCCUACGCCGUCGCCGGCACGCUGCGCCACAAUGCCACCGUCACCAGCAUCAACCUGGACUCCAACCAUCUCACCGGCAAAGGCAUCCUGGCGCUCAUCCAGGCGCUGCAGCACAACGCCACCCUGACCGAGCUGCGCUUCCAGAACCAGCGCCACAUCUGCGGCGGCAAGACGGAGAUGGAGAUGAUCAAGAUCCUGAAGGAGAACACCACCUUGCUCAAACUGGGCUACCACUUUGAGCUGGCCGGGCCCAGGAUGACCACCACCAACAUCCUCAGCCGCAAUAUGGACCGGCAGCGGCAGAAGCGCUUGCAGGAGCAGAAGCAGGCACAGACCAGCAACGGUGACAAGAAGGGGCCGCUGGAGGUACCCAAGGUGGGCGCUGUAGGAUCUCUGAGAAGCUCCCCGAAGGCGUCUCCUAAACCGUCCCCUAUGGCUUCACCAAUGCCCUCGCCCAAGCUGAGCCCCAAGAGGAGUGUUGGGGCGCCAACGCCACCCCCGCCGCCCCCUGGGGGAGGUCUCCCACCCCCGGCGCCUCCCAUGCUGGAAGUAGACUCCUUGAGGAAUUCCCUGACUCCGGUGUCGCGGAGGAGCCUGGACGGGAAGGGCCGAGGUGCUUGCAAGAACUCGAGGGACCAACUGCUAGCCUCCAUCAGGGGGAGCAACGUCAUGCAACUCAAGAAGGUGCCGGUCCCUAAGUGGCUCCAGUAGGCUUUCCUGGCGGGAUCUGGAAAAGGAAGCAGGAGUUAAACCGUCCCUCCAGGACGCAGCCAAAGAGCCAAGGAUGAAGGAUGGAGGACAUGGCUGCCCUUUUUUUAUUUUUACAAACACUGGACCAAAAUGGACCCUGCACAGAUCGGGCACUGCUAAGAUGGAAUUUGGGGGACAGGAGGGUGCCGCCCACUUGUAGUCUACAGAGAGCUUGUUUGUGUUCUUGGACGCUUUGCUGGUUAUUUGCACUAAUGGGUGACAUAUGAAGACCACUAUAUACAUAACAUGUAUGUGAUGUGUAACGUAACACGUAUGUAACAUAUGUUACAUCUAUGUAACAAUUAUAUACAUAUAGCAUGCAUGUAUCACAUACAUGACAUGUUGUAACAUUUUACAUAUAUGUAACAUGUACAACAUAUGUAACAUCCAGCAUGUUGCAUAUACAUAACAUGUAUCUAUCACGUAUGUAACACACAUGUAACGUACAUGUUGCAUAUAAUUAACAUGUAUGUGAUGUGUAAGUAACAUGUAUGUAACAUGUUACAUCUAUGUAACAAUUAUAUACUUAUAGCAUGUAUGUAACACAUACAUGACAUGUAUGUAACAUUUUUACAUAUAUGUAACAUGUACAACAUAUGUGACAUAUCCACCAUGUAUGCAACAUACAUGUUGCAUAUACAUAACAUGUAUGUAACAGGUAUGUAACGUAUAUGUUGCAUAUGCAUAACCGGUAUGUAACAUACAUAACAUGUAUGCGACGUGUAUGUAACGUGUUUAAUAUUAUGUAAUGUGUAACAUUUAUGUUACGUAUACAUAACACAUAUGUAACAUAUCUAGCAUGUAUGUAACAUAAGUUGCAUAUACAUCAAAUGUAUGUAACAUAUCUGCCAUGUAUGCGACGUGUAUGUGAAAUGUGUUUAAUAUUAUGUAAUGUGUAACAUUUAUGUUACAUAUACAUAACACAUAUGUAGCAUAUCUAGCAUGUAUGUGACAUAUGGUGCAUAUACAUAACAUAUAUAAUGUAUAUCAUGUAUGCAACAUAUAUGUAUGUGAGGUGUAUGUAACAUGCAUGUAACAUGUUGCAUCUAUGUAACAAUUAUAUACGUAUAAUGUAUAUGUAUGUAACGUAACAUUUUUACAUAUAUGUAACAUGUACAACAUAUGUAACAUAUCCACCAUGUAUGCAACAUGCAUGUCUCAUACAUAGCAUGUAUGUAACAGGUAUGUAACGUAUAUGUUGCAUAUACAUAACCGGUAUGUAACAUACAUAAAAUGUAUGCGACGUGUGUGUAACAUGUGUUUAAUAUUAUGUAAUGUGUAACAUUUAUGUUAUAUACAUAACACAUGUAGCAUAUCUAGCAUGUAUGUAACAUAUGUUGCAUAUACAUAACAUGUAUAAUGUAUAUCAUGUAUGUAACAUAUAUGUAUGUGAGGUGUAUGUAACAUUUAUGUUACAUAUGUACAGUAUGUAAUGUGUGUGUGUGUGUGUAUAUAUAUAUAUAUAUAUA